CAAACCGCGGUCGCGACUAGACACGAUCCCUCGACUUGAGUUCGCUUCGCGAUUUUAAAUCUGGCUGUGAUUAAUAACCCGUAACAUACUCCCCCUCUCAAGUGGGCACUCCCUCAACAGGUGGCGCGCGGCACACUGCGAUCGAUCGAGCGAUUGGAGGAAAACAAAAAAAAGCAAGCUUCAUGAGUGAUAAUCAGCAAUAUUAAUCAGUGAAACGACGAAACGUAGUGCCAACAGCCAACAAAAAAACAGUGCUAAACGACUUGAGCGCGAGCGUCAACCCGCCGAACCCCCGGCCCAAUUAUGGCAGCGCAAGGACCGACGACGGCCACCCCCGCCGUAAUGACAUCAAGGCUUACUCAGAUGCAGGGUGCGGAUUGCUUACCGGAUCUCGCCACCUUGCUGCGAACCAGAAAGCCAUAAAAAGUCGCCGGCACCGGCUCUGAUGAUGCGAUUCCAGCAGCGCCAGCAACAGGAACGCGACCAGCGAAAGGUAGAGAUGGUGUCCGCGACCAAAACCGUGACGACCACUUCCGGCAACAGCAGCAGUAGCAGCAGCACGAUCCGCUCAUCGGCAACCACGGCCAUCCACCAGUCCAUGACGACCAGUUCCGCCGUCCAGCAGCAGGACCUGUCCGCUUCGCUCGGCGCCGGCAAGGUCCGGGCAAUGUUCGAACAGCGCAAAGCGGCCGGAAUCGACAAAAGCUACCCGCUGCAACCGAUCGGGCAGGUUGUCAGCAAAAAUGGCAACACUGGCGCCGCGCCAUCAAAGGUGGCGGCGGCGAACGGGCUGAACAACAAAACACGCGUUCCGCCGAUUUCGGCCAACACGAAGGCACGGCUUGCUAGGCAGCACCAGCAGGAAAACGGAAAUGGAGAGGUCCUCGGCAAAUCCGGCGGCGCUGCCAGUGCCACUUUCGACGACAACGAAAACCUGCUGGAGGACGAGAAGUUUCCAGACACAAUCUCCUUUGACGAGGACCUUGCGCUGUCCACCGGAACGCCCCUCGCCCGGAAGCUGCCCAACGUUGGCAAACUCAGCACCCCCGGGGCCGCUGCCACCACCAACGGCACCGUUCCAGCGCAGAACGUCAACAGCUUGAAGCUGAAACCGGUCCCGGGACGAACCCCGACGACGACUUCUCUGAAAGCCACUCCCGCAGCAGCCCCGAAAAAGACACCUCCAGCGGCACCCCCAUCGGCGACGAACCCCUCGACGCCACGUGGCUCCCAGCCAAGUUCAGCCAAAUCUCGCGCAUCAACCGGAAAGUCCGGAACCGGAAUGGCGGCCUCUGGAUCGAGAAAGGCGUCGGCCAUUUCGGUCGCUUCGGCGUCGAUUGCUUCGAUGGACGACGGUCCCGUGCCGGACGGAAUGGCUCGCUGCUCCGUGUGCGGACGGAACUUUGCCGAGGAUCGUGUCGCCAAGCACAUGGAAAUUUGCCGAAAGACCAAGAGCAAGAAGCGGAAGGUGUUUGACGUGACCAAGCACCGUGUCCAGGGAACCGACGCCGAGAAGUACGUGCUGCGGAAGGGGAAAACUGGCGCGGCGGCCAGUUCCAGCAGUAAAAAAUCAAUCUCCGGACCAGCGGCAUCGACGGCCGCCGCGGCCACUUCCGGUGGCAAGGGCGAUUGGAGGAGGAAACACGAAGAAUUCAUCGCGGCCAUCAGGGCGGCCAAAGAGAUGAAGGCGUAUCUGGCCAAGGGUGGUAAGCUGUCCGAUCUGCCGCCGCCGCCACCUUCGGAGAAUCCGGACUACGUCCAGUGUCCGCACUGCUCCCGACGGUUCAACCAGACGGCCGCCGAACGACACAUUCCCAAGUGUAAAACGAUGCUGCACAACAAGCCGAAACCGGCCGCCAAGGGCAGGCGAGUUUAGAAAGAUAUAUUUUUAUUAAAACGGUUUUAACUUGCGAUAUUAGUCAGCAACCAGAUUUAUCUAUAUUUAUAUAAAAUGCAAUCAUCUUUGUUUAGUAUUUGGAGCAUUAACAAUUUUAUGCUUUUCUUUCUAUCAAUUUCACAAAAAGCAGUAAACCGAAAAGACAAAAAAAUACGAAAAAAAUCAUUAACCAAUCGUAAUGUUCGCAUAUCACACCAAUUAAAAAGACCAACUGCAAAAACCAAAUUGCAAUCAAAAUUCACCUCAAAUUAUCAGCAGAAGCCGUGAAGAGCAAAAUAAAAACAGCAUAACGAGAUUGUGUCGUCGCGCGCUGAAGUGUGCUGAGGGUCAGUCCAGUCGGAAGUUGGCCGGAACCAAAACGAUUGGCAGGACAGAGUGGAGAAAACAGAAAUAAAUGUAUUGAAAAAAAUAAAAUUGCAACAAAUAAAACCUCUCUCGCUUUCCCUCCCUCCCUCGCAGCAGUUUUUCGACCAAUGGUUUGUUGUAAUGGCUUUGGGUGUGUAACCGAGAGUAAGCUU